AUGACCUCCUCCGCAUUACCUCCGUCGAACCUCGCUCUCCAUCUCCUCCUCCUCCUCGUUUCCGGCCUCGCGUCCCCGUCGGCGAUGGCGGCUCCGAUCGGCGUCAACUACGGCCAGAUCGCCAACAACCUGCCGGCGCCGGACCACGCGGUGGCGCUGGUGAAGUCGAUCGGGGCGACCCGGGUCAAGCUCUACGACGCGGACCAGCGCGUCCUCUGCGCCUUCGCCCGGACCGGCGUCGAGUUCACGGUCGGCCUGGGCAACGAGUUCUUGGCCCAGAUGAGGGACCCCAAGAACGCUCUCUCCUGGGUCAAGACCAACGUCCACUCCUUCCUCCCCGACACCAACAUCACCACCAUCGCUGUCGGCAACGAGGUCCUCACCUCCAACGACACCUCCCUCAGGGACCUCCUCAUGCCGGCAAUGCGGAACGUCCACGACGCGCUCGCGAGCCUCGGCCUCGACAAGCAGGUCACCGUGACCACGGCCCACUCGCUGGCCAUCCUCGACACCUCCUACCCGCCGUCGACGGGAAAAUUCCGGCGAGAUCUCGUGAGCCGCGUGAGCCAGGUCCUGGACUUCCACUGCCGGACCGGGUCGUCGUUCCUGAUCAAUGCCUACCCGUACUUCGCGUACAAGGCGAACCCGAAGCAGGUCCCGCUCGACUUCGUCCUCUUCCAGUCGUCGCAGGGGAUCACCGAUCCCUCCACGGGGCUCCGCUACGAGAACAUGCUGUUCGCGCAGCUCGACGCGGUCCACUCGGCGCUCGCCGCCGUCGGGUACGCCAACAUGACGGUGCACGUGUCGGAGACGGGGUGGCCAUCGAGGGGCGACGACGAUGAGCUUGGGGCGACGCCGGAGAACGCGAAGAAGUACAAUGGGAAUCUGAUGAGGAUCGUGAAGCAGAAGAAGGGGACGCCGAUGAGGCCGAAUUGUGACCUCAACAUAUAUGUGUUCGCGCUGUUCAAUGAGAACAUGAAGCCCGGCCCCAUGUCGGAGAGGAACUACGGGCUGUUCAAGCCGGACGGGACGCCGUCGUACAUGCUCGGCGGCGGCGGCGGCGGCGGCGGGGUGAGCAAUGCGACGAGCUCUGGAGGGUCCAGUGGGGGCGGGAGCGCUUCCGACGGGUCGCCACCGGCACCGAUUGGUUACCUCUCCGUUUCCUCCGGCGCGAAUGAACUCAAAUCAGUAGGUGCGGCAUGUCUCACUUUGGCUCUGUUCCUGAUAAAGCUCGUCUUUUGAGGUUUGAAACCAUCUGAUUGUGAUCAAGAAUCAACGAAGUGGGUUAUCUAAAAAAGAAGGUGAAAGACUUUUGGUUUCUCUUUUGCUUGUAAAUCAGCUCCCCAGAAUUCAUGGGCAAAAGUGCAUCUCCAUCAUAUCUUCCCCGUCGAGUCCUACCCAAGCACAAGUUGCAGAGAGAGAGAGAGAGAGAGAUUGAUUGCUUUCGAGACCAUCACUUGCUAUUAUUGGUACUGCACUUGGGUCCAUAUUAUCAGAGAAAUUGCAGAGAGACAGAGACGCAGAGAGAGAGUAGGGACAUCGAGUGGGUGGGAUAUGUGUAAAUGUGAAAUGAAUGGUAGCUUUUUUUUGUUUGGCUGGCGAUGAUCUGUAAUUGUUUGGCACUUCUUUUUGGCGUUUUUGGGCAGGGUGGUGGGGGUGAGAUUGUGCAGUGUAGUGUCUGCAAUAAUUCCUAGAUGCCAAUGUACUGCUAUUAUAUUGCUAUUUUAUUCCGAUA